AUGCCAGGUCAGUACCUAAAAUCAUUCCCACAAGUAUAUUGUCUAUCAUAUUCAAUUUCUAAUACAUCAAGGCCACCUACUAAUAUAUUUACGUUCCGCCGUCAUAAUUCAUCAUCAUCAUCAUCAUCAUCGUCAUCAACUAAUGUUACAACUGAUACAGUUUUAGAAGCAACUUCUUCUUCAAAUAUCCCACCUCCUGCCACAUCUAUCCCAGAUAUUCAAACUCAAUUACCAUCAUUUGAUGAUGUCACCGCGUCAGCAUCAUCUACAAUGAUAGAUCAAACAACUCAAUCAGUAGGUGAAUUAUCAAACCAUAUUGGCUAUUUAAACAGUAUAGGAAUGGCACAAACUUGGUAUUGGCCAGCAGAUAUAAUCCAACAUACUUUAGAAUACAUUCAUGUCUACUCGGGAUUACCAUGGUGGGGAACCAUCUGUGUAACCACAAUUCUAAUAAGAUUAUUAAUGUUCCCGUUAUACGUGAAAUCAUCAGACACUGUCGCAAGAAAUUCUCAUAUAAAGCCACAAUUAGACAAAAUUACAAAGGAAUUAAUGUCAUCCACUGACAUAUCCAAGAGUCAAUUAUUAGCCCUCGAAAGAAAGAAACUAUUGACUGAAAAUGGUAUAAAGACAAGAUGGUUAAUGGCUCCCAUGUUACAAUUACCCCUCGCUAUUGGUUUCUUCAACGCAUUGAGACACAUGGCAAACCAUCCAGUGGAUGGAUUCACUGAUCAAGGUAUUGCAUGGUUCCAAAACUUAUCCCUAGCGGAUCCAUACUUGGGUUUACAGUUCAUUACAGCAGCUGUAUUGAUUUCAUUCACUAGAUUAGGUGGUGAAACUGGUGCUCAGCAAUUUUCUCCCGUGAUGAAACGAUUUUUUACUAUUUUACCUCUAGUCUCCAUUCCUGCUACUAUGAAAUUAGCUUCCGCUGUAGUUCUAUAUUUCGCUAUAAAUGGGACAUUUUCAGUUUUACAAACUAUGGUAUUAAGGAAUAAUUGGGUUAGGAAACAGUUAAAGAUUACUGAUGUGAAAAAACAAGAUCAAAUUCAAACUACUACUGUUAAUGGGAAAGCACCAGCGGAGGAAAAUAAAGGGAUUUGGCAAUCGAUUAGAGAAAAUAUGGAUAAUGCCAAGAAACAAAGUGAAAAGAGACAAUUUAUGAAAUUGAAAGAGGAAAAAUUACAAAAAUUGAUAAAAGAACAAAACAAAAAUUCUAAAAUUAAAAUCGUUCAUAAAACUCAAUUUAAAAGAAAUGAUGAUUAUCAAAAAAGAAAUUAA